UCGGGUUUCACCUCCAAAUCACGGCUGAUGGACAAAUUAAUGGAGCACACACUGAAAACCAGUACAGUAGGUCUCUUAAUGAUUUCUACAGUGGAGUUGGGAGUUGUCAGUCUGUAUGGAAUGAAAGCCCACGCCUUCAUCGCAAUGAAUAGCAAGGGCCGACUGUAUGCAACGGUGAACUUCAAUAAUGAAUGCGAAUUUAGAGAAAUACUCUUGCCAAAUCGCUACAAUGUGUAUGAAUCAAAGACGUACCCAGGGAUGUACAUCGCAUUGAGCAAAUAUGGAAGAGCAAAGAGAGGAAGCAAAGUUUCACCCAUCCUGAGAGUUACUCAUUUUUUGCCUAGAUUGUAAAGAAAUGGGGCAACUGGUGCCUAUUCCACUAGAAGUAUCACCAGACAUCAUUUUCAUGGAAGUAGAAUUGCAGAAAAGUAUACCAUGUACAGGACAUACAUAGAUAAAUGUUAAGUUAUUAACUUAUGUGGAAACAGCGUAACCUGUAAAUAUGUAUUACUUUUUGUAGUUAUUUGACACAAGUGAGCUACUUCAUAAAUGCUGCUUUUUUAAAAAAAAAAG